UUAGCUAUGUACAAGGGAAGACUAUCUUUCCCUAAAAUGUAGUAAAUUUUGAAGUCUCUUUAUUGUUUGACUUCCAACUCCAUACAGUUGUUGAAAUAAAUAUUAACAGCAAAAUGAAAAAAACAAAUCGAAAUAGUGCUGUUUCUAAGCCACGCUUGCCGCCAAUUCCAACAAGAAAUGGAUUGGUGUCAGGACCUCAGUUUCAAACCAGUAAAUUGAUGACAUACAGAAGAAGCCGUGAAUACCAAAAUGUCUUGAAUAAUAUAAUAAUUGAUGAUGCCCACAAGGCCGCUGAAGACAUGGCAGAUCAAGUUCGCAGAAAACCACCGAAAAAAAUAUCACCGGAAAUGCCAACAUCGAUGAUGAGUUCUUCCAGAAAAACACGGCAAAUGUACAUGUAUAUGAAGAAAUGUGUUGAAUCUGGUUCUGUUGUACCAGUACAACAAAUAUGGUUGAAUUCAAUGUUGUCCAAGGUACCACCUCACCUACAGAAAACGGCUCGUCAACAUCAACAUAUUGAAGAUCUUUUUGGAGAGGUCAAAGUUGAUUUCAAAUCAAGCAUGAAAAAAUCGAUGGUACAACAUGUCUUGUUGAAACCAUCUGUGAAAGGACUCGAGAAUGAAGUAUCAGGACCACCUCCUGCUGAACCAACGGGGUUAGAUUUUUCCAGUACAUGGAAUGAAUCAUUUCAAAGAGCAAGGAAUGAAAUUAUGGCAAACUUAUGGAUAACCCAUCCAUCUAUGCAAACAGUACUUGGAAUGUGUCAGGACAGUCUACAAUCUAUGUUAUUGAUGGAACUAAGUGAACUCAGAAUUCAAGGGCCAGCUGAAAUAGAACAUUUGAAAAAUCACAUCCUGCUUGAAGUGGAGAAGUCUGAAGAUAAAUUAAUGCAUGGAUGGUAUCCUCGUGUCAUUAAUAUAUUCACAGAUGAAAAACAAUUUGUUGGAAUCAGACGAGAUAAACUCGACUCAUUUUAUACAUGCGUCUCUACAUUGGUUGCUAACCAGCUCAAAGAUUUGGUAGAAAGAUCACUUCAUCAUUGGGUCGGUUUAUUCCAUGAUAACAACAAACACCAACUACCUAUUUUCAAGAUGGAAUUGACAUUUGAUGAAAAUGCUUCGAAAACCGAAGGAAAAAUGGAAUUUUUCCCUUCUUACCAGGAUCUUGAAGAUUGUAUUGUAUUUGUUGCUGAGACAAUCAUCAACAGUAUGCAUAGUGUUCCUACUGUACAGUCUUGGUUGUCUGGUUCCAGUUCAACAGUCAAUGUUGAUACCGGUAUUGCUGAUCAUAUAAGUAUUGCAGCCGUUGCAUUUUUACGAAGAGCAGUGAAAAAGAAUUUUGAAGGUCCUCAGGAAUGUAUGCAGGGAUUUGUAAAAGAUUACAGUUUCCUUGUCAAUGGAGAGGCAGCAAGUGAUAUUGAGAAGUUUAUCUCAGAAGAUCAUUCGUUUCAGGAAUAUUGUGAUUUUAUUGAGAAGUUUAGAAGAGUCGCCAAUGAAAUCAACAACCUUGACAAUGUCUUCCAUUUUGACAUGAUUCGAUUGGAUUGUGAUGAUUUGAAACGAGCAUUGGUCGAAUAUGCAAGAAAACAUGCUGAUACUCUUCUGACACGAUUAACUGAAGAUCACAGAGAAGACAAUAAGAGCAUCUGUUCUCGGUUUGAAGAAAUCAAAGAACGAGCAAUGAGAAAACCAACAAACAGUGAAGAAAUGAUGGAUAUGAUUGAUUAUGUGCAAAAAGCAAGAACAGAGGGCGUCACAGAGUUAAAUGAGAGAAUUGGUGAAUGCCGAAAACGACUCAAUUUUCUUCUUGAUCUCUACAUGUUUUCUGAUGAUGAUAUUGCACUCAACAGUACCGUUCUUACUUGGCCGAAGAAUAUUCAACCUGUAUUUGAAGCCAAUGACGAGUUGGUUGAGGCGUCAAAGCGUGCUGGUGAACAAGAACUUCUCCAGAAACGUGAACGAGUUAUGAUGGAGCUUGACAAACUCACUCGAAGAGUUGAGGAGUUUAAUGAGUGUGGUGAACCUGAUUUGAUGCAGCAAUAUGUCAAUGAUGUGCGAACAGUACAAAAGAGAUUGGCAGAUGCACAAGAACAAAUUUCUUUCAUUAAUAAGGAAGAAGUUUUGUUCAAAUGGGAAGAAACAAAUUAUCCAGAGAUUGAACAUAUACAAACAUCCAUGGAACCAUUUCAAAAACUCUAUACUACUGUACUAAGGUGGCAGAAGGCUGAAAAACGUUGGAUGGAUGGUGAAUUCAUGAAAUUAGAAGGUGAAGUCAUUGAAUCGGAAGUUGACGAAUUUUGGAGGGAAUUAUAUAAAGCCAACAAAACAUUCAACAUGAAAAAGAAAAAAGUGGAUGAUGAAAAAAGAAAGGGAGCACCAAAACGUCGUAAAGUUGGGGCUGAGAAAGAUGAAGAAGACAAGAAAGAAGAUGUUAUUAUUGCAUUAUGUAGUGGAAUGAUGGAAUCUGUCAAGGAAUUCAAGGAAAACAUUCCACUUAUAUCGACUCUCUGCAACCCUGGUAUUCGUCCCAGACAUUGGUCCAACAUGUCUGAAAUAUAUGGUGAGGAUUUAACUCCUGAUGCUGGUACAACUCUACGUAAAGUAUUGAAGAAAAAUCUUGGAACGUAUAUGGAACAAUUUGAGGCAAUAAGUGCCGCAGCUAGCAAGGAAUUCUCUCUUGAAAAAGCUCUGGCAAGGAUGCAAGUUGAAUGGGAUGACAUGAUGUUCAGUACAUUACCAUACAGAGAUUCAGGAGUCCAUAUCCUAUCUUCAGUCGAUGAUGUUCAAACAAUGCUCGACGAUCAGAUUGUAAAAACUCAAACCAUGCGUGGAUCACCUUUCAUCAAACCAUUUGAAGCUGAAAUUAAGGAAUGGGAAGAAAGACUUCUUCUUAUCCAAGAUACAAUUGAUGAGUGGUUGAAAGUACAAUCACAAUGGUUAUAUCUUGAACCAAUCUUCAGUUCAGAAGACAUCAUGCAACAAAUGCCAGAGGAAGGACGUCUGUUCCAGAUUAUCGAUAAAAAUUGGAAAGAGAUUAUGAAGUUUACCAUGAGAGAUACACACGUUCUGGCUGCGACAUCGAUGACUGGCCUUCUACAAAAACUGUUGGAUAGCAACGUUCUACUAGAUAAAAUUAUGAAAGGUCUCAAUGCUUAUUUGGAAAAGAAGAGAUUGUUCUUUCCAAGAUUUUUCUUCUUGUCCAAUGAUGAAAUGCUUGAGAUCUUAUCUGAGACUAAAGAUCCGACUCGAGUGCAACCUCAUCUCAAAAAAUGCUUUGAGGGGAUUGCAAAACUUGAAUUUCUUGAAAAUCUUGAUAUUAAAUCCAUGUUGAGUAGCGAAGGUGAAGUCGUCCAACUUGUCGAGUUAAUCUCAACAUCAGCUGCCAGAGGUGCCGUGGAAAAAUGGCUUCUUCAGGUUGAAGAUGUGAUGUUGAGAUCAGUGAGAGAUGUCAUCAUAAAAGCUAAAGAAGCUUAUGUUGAGAAUCCAAGAGAUAAAUGGGUGCAGGAAUGGCCCGGGCAGAUUGUAUUGUAUGUGACAUCAAUGUAUUGGACGUAUGAAGUACACGAUGCAUUGAACAAGGGAGGAAAUAAUGGAUUAAAGGAAUAUUAUAAGGCUCUUGUCACUCAGCUUGGUGAUAUUGUCAACCUUGUCCGUGGAAAACUUUUGAAACAAACCCGUAUCACACUUGGAGCUCUUGUAACUAUUGAUGUGCAUGCUCGUGAUGUUAUUCAAGAAAUGAUAGAUAAAGAUGUUGAAAAUGAAAAGGAUUUUAACUGGCUUGCUCAAUUGCGAUAUUAUUGGGAAAAUGAUAAUGCAAGAGCUCGUAUUAUUAAUGCUAAUGUGAAAUAUGCAUAUGAAUAUCUCGGAAAUUCUCCAAGGCUUGUCAUCACACCCUUGACAGACAGAUGCUAUCGUACAUUGGUUGGGGCAUUUUAUCUCAAUCUCGGUGGGGCACCUGAAGGUCCUGCUGGAACAGGAAAAACAGAGACAACAAAAGAUCUGGCAAAGGCAUUGGCUGUCCAAUGUGUUGUCUUCAAUUGUUCUGAUGGUCUUGAUUAUCUGGCUAUGGGAAAAUUUUUCAAAGGACUGGCGUCAUCAGGAGCCUGGGCUUGCUUCGAUGAAUUUAACAGAAUUGAACUUGAAGUACUGAGUGUCAUUGCACAGCAGAUGUUGUGCAUUCAACGGGCUAUCCAGACCCAUGUUGAAACAUUCCUAUUUGAAGGUUCUGAACUUAGAUUAAAUCCUAACUGUUUUGUGGCGAUCACCAUGAAUCCUGGAUACGCAGGACGGUCUGAAUUGCCAGACAAUUUGAAGGUACUUUUCCGUACUGUCGCAAUGAUGGUACCAGACUACGCACUGAUUGCAGAAAUUUCAUUGUACUCUUGCGGUUUCUUGGAUGCACGUAAUCUCUCAGUAAAGAUUGUCAUGACUUAUCGACUUUGUUCUGAACAAUUGUCAAGUCAGUUUCACUACGAUUAUGGAAUGCGAGCUGUAAAAGCUGUCUUAGUUGCGGCUGGAAACUUAAAACUGAAAUACCCUGACGAAAAUGAAGAUAUUUUGCUCUUACGUUCCAUUCAAGACGUCAAUCUUCCUAAAUUUUUAUCUCAUGACAUUCCUCUGUUCCGCGGAAUCACAUCUGAUCUUUUCCCGGGUGUUACGCUUCCAGAAGCCGAUUAUGAUCUAUUCCUUGCUGCCAUUAAAGAGGUAGCACUAAAACAUGAAAUAAAAACCGUUCCUGUUUUCUUAGAAAAAAUUAUUCAGACAUACGAGAUGAUGAUUGUACGUCAUGGUUUCAUGCUUGUUGGUGAUUCAUUUUCUGGGAAAACCAAAUGUCUUCAUGUACUUGCUGAUGCAUUAACAUUAAUGAAUGAACGUGGACAAAAUGAAGAAGAGAAAGUCAUGUAUAAAACUAUCAAUCCUAAAGCUGUUACAAUGGGUCAACUAUUCGGUCAAUUUGAUCCUGUGUCUCAUGAAUGGACAGAUGGAAACGUUGCCAACACAUUCCGUAAAUUCUCUAGCACUGACACUCCUGACAGGAAAUGGGUUAUAUUUGAUGGACCCAUCGAUACAUUGUGGAUCGAAUCGAUGAAUACAGUACUUGACGACAACAAAAAAUUAUGUCUGAUGUCUGGUGAAAUUAUCCAGAUGACAAAUGCAAUGAGCUUGAUCUUUGAAACUCAAGAUUUGUCCCAAGCCUCUCCUGCAACUGUGAGCAGAUGUGGUAUGAUAUAUCUGGAGCCUGGUUCUCUUGGAUGGCAACCUAUGUUUCAAUCAUGGCUCGACAAACUUCCACCUAUAUUAUCUACGGACAACAGAUCUUACAUUGAAGUAUUAUUCAAUUGGUUGGUACCACCAAGCGUCAGGAUUGUAAGAAAGAAAUGCAGAGAGGUCAUUGGAUCACAAGAUCACAACUUGAUUCGAUCAUUGAUGUAUUUCUUUGAAAUGUUGUUGAAAGAAGAAGUUGCACCUGAGAGUGAAUCUGAUCACAAGAAUAUAAAAAUACAUAUUCAGGGCGUGUUAUUGUUUUCAAUGAUUUGGUCUAUCGGAGCAACAAUCAAUCAAGAUGGCAGGAAUUUAUUUUCUGAUUAUCUUCGAGAAAUCAUAACUGGGAAAAACGAAGAACAUCCAAUUCCAUCAGCGAUUGGAAAAUUAGAUACUGCCUUUCCCGAACAAGGAUUGGUUUAUUACUACUACUAUGAGAUUAAAGGACGAGGCAACUGGAGUCCAUGGACUCAUUUAUUGAGAGGACAAGAAAUAACUCCAGAUCCAUCAGUAAACGUUGGAAAUAUUAUUGUUCCGACCAUGGACACUGCAAGAUAUACAUAUCUCAUGGACGUCUGUAUCAAAAACAAACGACCUAUUCUGUUCGUUGGACCAACUGGAACUGGAAAAAGUGCUUAUGUGAAAGAUAAACUCAUGAAUAACUUAUCAAAAGAUGACUUCCUACCUGCUUUUGUGAACUUUUCUGCAAAAACAACUGCAAACCAGACACAGGGAUUGAUUAUGUCCAAACUGGACAAAAGGAGAAAAGGUGUGUACGGUCCACCAAUGGGAAAACAAUGUGUUGUGUUCGUGGAUGACAUGAAUAUGCCUGCCAGAGAAAAAUAUGGAGCACAACCACCUAUUGAACUUCUAAGACAAUAUUUUGACCACGGAAAUUGGUACGACCUCAAAGAUACAACAAAAAUAAGUCUGAUUGACAUCAUCAUUUUGGCGGCAAUGGGACCACCUGGUGGUGCUCGUAAUCCAGUGACAACAAGAUUUCUACGUCAUUUUAACAUCAUUUCUACUUUGGAAUUCAAUGACGAAACAAUGACUAAAAUCUUCAGUACAAUUAUGUCGGUUCAUCUUAAAGCUCAUGAAUUUCCUACUGACUUAUUUGCGACUUGUAACCAGAUUGUAACUGCAACAAUGGAGGUUUACAAGAAAGCAAUGGAUAAUUUACUUCCAACGCCAGCUAAAUCUCACUAUACAUUCAACCUACGUGAUUUCUCCCGUGUUAUUCUGGGUUGUCUUCUGAUCAAGAAACAAAGUGUGGAAAACAAGAAAACAAUGAUCAGAUUAUUUGUGCAUGAAGUGUUCCGUGUAUUCUAUGAUCGUCUGGUUGAUGAUGAAGAUAGGCAUUGGUUGUUUUCAUCAAUGAAAACAGUAGUGAAAGAUCAUUUCAAAGAAAAUUUUGACACUUUGUUUGACCACCUCGCACAACCUGGAAGACCGUUGGAAGAAGAUGACAUGAGAUCAAUGUUGUUUGGUGAUUAUUUGAAUCCUGAUGCUGAAAAUGAAGAUCGCAUGUAUGAGGAAGUCAAAUCGUUGGAAGAUUUCAAUUCCAUUGUGGAACAAUGUUUGGAAGAAUAUAACCAAACUCAUAAAGCACAAAUGAACCUCGUCAUAUUCAGAUAUGUACUUGAACAUCUUUCUCGUAUUUGUCGUGUUCUAAAAUCACCGGGUGGUAAUGCUUUGCUUGUUGGUGUUGGUGGCAGUGGAAGACAAUCACUAACUAGACUUGCUACAUCUAUGGCUGGAAUGCACCUGUUUCAACCAGAAAUUUCAAAAAGUUAUGGAGUCACUGAGUGGAGAGAAGAUGUGAAGGGAGUGUUGAAAGAUACUGGAGUUGCAGGGAAGAAGACUGUAUUUUUACUCACUGACGUUCAAAUUAAAGAUGAGUCAUUCCUUGAGGACGUUGAUAAUUUACUCAACACUGGCGAAGUUCCGAAUUUAUUUGCUAUUGAUGAAAAACAAGAAAUUAUCGAGAGUAUUCGACCAGCAAUGAGUCAACAGCUUGGACCAAAUGCUGAUUACUCUCCUCUAGCUAUGUUUGCUUACUUUGUGAGUCGUUGUCGUACCAAUCUUCAUCUUAUCAUUGCUUUCUCUCCUAUCGGUGAUGCAUUCAGAAACAGGCUUCGACAAUUUCCAUCUCUGAUCAACUGCUGUACAAUCGAUUGGUUCCAGCCAUGGCCAGAAGAUGCAUUGGAGAUGGUUGCAAAUAGAUUCCUUGAAUCCGUUGAAUUGACAGAUCAUGAAAGAACAGAGAUUGUACCAAUAUGUAAACAUUUCCAUACUUCUUCAAGAAGUUUGUCUGAAAAAUACCUGCUUGAACUUGGUCGCCAUAAUUACGUCACACCAACGUCUUAUCUGGAGUUGAUCGCAGCAUUUAAAACAUUGCUGAUGCAGAAGAGAGAUACGGUUAUGAAGGCAAAGAAAAGAUAUGUUGGUGGUUUGGAAAAACUGGCUUUUGCAUCUUCCCAGGUUGCUGAAAUGCAACAAGAAUUGAAGGAACUCCAACCACAACUUGUUGAAACUGCAGCUGAGAAUGAGAAAAUGAUGGUGGUAAUAACUAAAGAGACAGUAAUUGUGGAAGAAAGAACAAAAAUUGUAUCGGCAGAUGAAGCAGCCGCGAAUGAACAAGCAGCUGUAUCUCAAGCAUUAAAAGAUGAAUGUGAAAGUGAUUUAGCUGAGGCAUUACCUGCACUUGAAGCAGCGUUGAGUGCUCAAACUUUGAAGCCUGCUGAUAUUACCAUUGUCAAGUCAAUGAAAAAUCCACCUGCUGGCGUCAAGCUUGUCAUGUCAGCAGUUUGUGUGAUGAAAGACAUCAAACCAGAGAAAAAUGAUCCAUCAGGUUCUGGACAGAAGAUUUUGGAUUAUUGGGGCCCAAGUAAAAAAUUACUUGGGGAUAUGAAUUUUCUCAACAUGCUGAGAGAAUAUGAUAGAGAUAAUAUCCCGGUAAGAUAUUUUUCCUGUAUAGAAGAAAUCAGAACUGAAUAUGCUACAAAUCCUGAAUUUGAUCCAGUUAUAGCAAAAGCAUCUUCUGCGGCAGAAGGUUUAUGUAAAUGGAUUCUUGAUGAAGUGUAUGAUAGAGUCGCGAAGGUUGUUGCACCGAAAAAAAUCAAACUUGGCGAGGCUCAAGAAUCGUUAUCAACAACAAUGAAACUACUGAAUGAGAAACGAGCUGAAUUGAAAGAAGUACAAGAUAGAUUGGCAGAACUUCAAGCUAAUUUUAAAGCAGCAACAGAGAAGAAGGAACAACUUGAAUACCAAGUCGACUUAUGUGCCAAGAAAUUGGAUCGUGCACAAAAACUCAUUGGGGGUUUAGGUGGUGAGAAAUCAAGAUGGACACAAGCAGCUAAAGAUCUUCAAGAAAUUUAUGACAAUCUCACUGGUGAUGUACUGAUAUCUUCUGGAGUGAUUGCUUACCUCGGUGCGUUUACCGCUGGUUUCAGAAAGAUCUGUACUCAGGAUUGGACCAAUGCUUGCAAGACUCGAGAUAUAACAUGUUCCGACUCAUUUUCACUGAGUAAAACUCUCGGUGAUUUGAUCAAAAUAAGAGCUUGGAAUAUCGCAGGACUACCAACUGAUAGCUUCUCAAUUGACAAUGGCGUCAUCGUUGACAAUUCUCGAAGAUGGCCAUUGAUGAUUGAUCCUCAAGGACAAGCUAAUAAAUGGGUUCGCAACUCGGAGAAAGAAAACAAACUCACUGUGAUCAAAUUGACUGAUGCUGACUACAUGAGAGUCAUGGAGAAUUCAAUUCAGUUUGGAACUCCUGUACUUCUAGAAAACGUAGGAGAGGAACUCGACCCUUCACUGGAACCCUUGUUGUUGAAGCAAACGUUCAAGCAGGGUGGUGUACUUUGCAUUCGUCUUGGAGAAAAUGUGAUUGAAUACAGCAAUGAGUUUCGAUUUUACAUCACAACAAAAUUGAGAAAUCCACAUUAUCUACCUGAACUUGCAACAAAGGUAUCUUUGCUCAAUUUCAUGAUUACGCCAGAAGGUCUGGAAGAUCAGUUGCUUGGAAUUGUAGUUGCAAAGGAGAGACCUGAACUGGAAGAGGAAAGGAAUGUUUUGAUCUUGCAAAGUGCUUCCAAUAAGAAACAAUUAAAAGAAAUUGAAGACAAGAUUUUGUACACAUUAUCUGCAUCGGAAGGAAAUAUUCUGGAAGAUGAAAGUGCCAUCAAAAUAUUGGAUUCGUCAAAAGUUCUAUCAGAUGAAAUUCAAAAGAAACAAAAGAUUGCUGAUAUAACAGAACAAAAGAUUGCAGAAUCAAGAGAAGGAUAUCGUCCUAUUGCUAAACAUUCAUCCAUUCUGUUCUUCAGUAUCACUGAUCUUCCAAACAUCGAUCCAAUGUAUCAAUAUUCUCUCACUUGGUUCGUCAACUUGUAUCUCAACUCUAUCCAUGAAAGUAACAAGUCGAAGAUCUUGGAUAAACGUUUGAGAUAUUUAUCAGAUCAUUUCACCUACAAUUUAUAUUGCAAUGUUUGUCGAUCCUUGUUUGAGAAAGAUAAAUUGUUGUUCUCACUCAUUCUGUGUGCCAAUAUCACCAUGGCCAAAGGAGAACUUGGUAAAGAAGAAUUCAUGUUCUUUUUGACUGGUGGUGUUGGACUAGAAAACAAACUUGCUAAUCCUGACUCUUCAUGGCUGAGCGAUAAAUCAUGGGAUGAAUUGUGCAGAAUGAAGGAUUUUCCUCCUUUCAAAGGAUUUAUUGACAGCUUCCAUGAUAAUAUUCUGCAAUGGAGAAAGGUUUAUGAUUUGAAAGAUCCACAGAAUGCACAUCUACCAGCUCCCUGGGAUAAAAGAUUAAAUGACUUCCAACGUAUUACUGCUAUCAGGUGUUUGAGACCGGACAAGGUCGUGCCCAUGGUGCGUCAAUACGUUCAAGAAAAAUUGGGUCAUAAAUUUGUGGAACCACCGCCUUUUGAUUUGGCUAAAAGUUUUGCUGAUUCAAAUGCAACAAUGCCUCUUAUCUUUGUGUUGUCACCUGGAGCUGAUCCUAUGGCAGCUCUCUUGAAGUUUGCGGCAGACAAAGGAUAUGAUGGUGACAAGUUCAAUGCUAUUUCAUUGGGCCAAGGUCAGGGUCCUAUUGCUGCCAGUAUGAUAACGGCUGCCAUCCAGGACGGUACUUGGGUGGCAUUACAAAAUUGUCAUUUGGCCGUGUCAUGGAUGCCUGCCAUGGAAAAAAUUUGUGAAGAAUUCAAUGCAGAAAAUAUUAAUCCAAACUUCAGAUUGUGGUUGACAUCUUAUCCAUCUGAUAAAUUUCCUGUCACCGUUCUUCAAAAUGGUGUGAAAAUGACAAAUGAACCUCCCACUGGACUUCGACAAAAUAUUCUACAAUCUUAUCUUACUGAUCCUAUUUCUGAUCCUGAGUUUUUCGCGGGAUGUCCAGAAAAAGAAUCGGUAUUUGAAAAACUUCUCUUCGGUCUAUGUUUCUUCCACGCCUUAGUGCAAGAAAGAAGAAAAUUUGGACCACUUGGAUGGAAUAUACCUUAUGGAUUCAAUGAAUCUGAUCUGAGGAUCAGUGUCAGACAAUUACAGAUUUUCAUCAAUGAAUAUGAAGAAACCCCUCUCAGUGCCGUCUCAUAUUUAACUGGAGAAUGUAACUAUGGAGGUCGUGUUACUGAUGAUUGGGACAGAAGAUUACUACGAACAAAUCUUGUUGAUUUUUAUAAUAUUAACGUUGUAACAGAACAUAAAUACAAGUUGUCGCCGAGCGGAAAUUAUUACGUUCCGCCGAAAAUGGAAUACCAGGGCUAUAUCGACUUCAUCAAGGCAUUCCCAACCACCCAACUACCUGAAGUGUUUGGGAUGCACGAGAACGUUGACAUAUCCCGGGAACUCCAGGAGACUCGUCAGCUAUUUGACUCAGUCCUGCUGGCUAUGGGCUCGUCUGCAGGAGGAGGAGGAGGAAAAACAGAUAACGCACUUAACGAAAUUGCCACAGAUAUUCUAGAUAAACUCCCACCCAACUUUGAUCUUGAAAAAGCUUCAGAGAAAUAUCCAGUACUAUAUGAAGAAAGCAUGAAUACAGUGUUGGUGCAAGAGAUGGAGAGAUUUAACAAUCUCCUUCAGACCAUUCGAAUAACUCUUGUCAAUCUACGUAAAGCAAUCAAAGGUCUUGUAGUGAUGAAUGCAGAACUUGAAGGUGUUGCUAGUAGCUUACUGAUCGGUAAAGUACCAGAACUUUGGGCAAAACGAUCUUAUCCAAGUUUGAAACCACUUGGAAGCUACAUCAAUGAUUUCUUGGCAAGACUCAAGUUCUUACAGGAUUGGUUUGAUGAGGGUAAACCAGAUGUCUUCUGGAUUUCUGGCUUUUAUUUCACUCAAGCUUUCUUGACUGGCGCUCGACAGAACUUUGCUCGUAAAUAUACAAUCCCAAUUGAUAAACUUGCUUUCUCAUAUCAAGUUUUACCAAAGGAUGAAACUUCGGAUGGUGCUCCUACGGAUGGCGUUUAUGUGAUCGGAGUUUUUCUUGAUGGUGCAAGAUGGGACAGAACAACUGGUCUACUAUCAGAGCAACAUCCAAAAAUUCUGUUCGAUCCAAUGCCAAUUAUCUGGUUCAAACCAGACAAAGUUGAAAACAUUAAGGAACAGCACGAUUACGAGUGUCCAGUUUACAAAACGAGCGAGAGAAAGGGAACACUAUCCACUACCGGUCACUCGACCAACUAUGUCAUCGCCAUCAAGCUUCCGACAAAGAAACCACAAAGUCACUGGAUAAAACGUGGAGCGGCCAUUUUGUGCCAACUAGAUGAUUAGGUUUUUUCCUCAAAUGCGUUACACUUUUUUCCUCCCCCUCACAAGUAUGUUUGUGUAUGCAUGUGUCAUCUUUUUUCAGAUAUUUUUUUUUUGGAUAAGUUCGAUUUUUUAGGUUUUUUGGAGUGUAUUUAUAAAUUAGGUUUUGAUAAAUUUUAAGUGCUAGGUUUAUAGUAGUUGAGUUUUCAUUUUUUUUAUAUUGUUGUAAAAAUUUAAUAUACAGCGCAAAAUAAUCAAGACCACCUAUAUUAGAAAAAUGCUUAUUAGUUUAUUUAUUGUUUGAAAAUAAUUUAAAAUAUAAAUUUUUGUAACGGUCUCUGACGUUUCGGAAAUUUGUUAUACGGGCAAUGUUAAUUUUGUUAUAUUAUAAGUAAAUGCUUAAAAUCCUACUCCUAAGCAUUUUUUCUAAUAUAGAAUGGUUUAUUAUUUUUAAUUAGUUUAAUAUAAACUGCAUUAUAUGAAUAUAUUACAGAUACUUUUAAAGAGUUAAGUUUAUUAUCAUAGCGCAUGCGUGUGUGUAGGCUUUGUCAGUUAUUUUCUAUCAAAUUUUAUCUGUCCAAGCAUGAUUUAUAGAUAAACUAGUUAAUGAUGACUAUAAUAUAUAAAUUAUGCUAGGCAAGGUAUAAUCUGGGAAGAAAAUUCUUGACAAAGCAUGAGUGAUUGUAGUGUAUUAACCUCCUGUAUAUUUUUUCGCGAAUAAACGCGCGACGCUAGCCCCGUUAGCAGAAUUUAAGUAAAGUAGCUGCGUGCUCCCUCUUCCCCCACCAAUUCACCCUUUACCAUACCCUUGUUGACUAAAUUUUGCCAUCAAAAUACAUUUUGCAUAGCAAUGUAUUAUUGAGAGAAGACUUUAGACAACUGAUUUUGUAGCGUACUAAUAAUAUUUUAAACUCUUCAUAUAAGUUUAAGCAGAACACUGUUCCAUUUUUUUAUGUAGGUUUUAUUACUUUUACUUAGGAUAAAUUUUUGUAACACUGUAAUUUGUUAUAGUU